GAAAAGGUUUGACCCCCACCACUACUGCCCAACCUCCUCCAACCUCGCACACCCCAAACGCGCAACGCAUUUCCUCUUCCUCUUUCUUCCUCCUCGCUUGGAGCCCCAGAGCAGAGCCACCCCCCGAAGAACCCUCCAGAUGCAGCCGGCCGCCGAGAUGCAGCCGCCUGCCGGCUCCCCCACCGCCUCCCAAUCCGACACCCCGCAGCCGCCUCCCCCUUCCGAUCCCUCCCCGCCCCCGUCGCCUGCUCCAGCGCCGGCACCGGCUCCCGAGGCGGCCGAUCCGCCCGCACCCGCGCCUGCUCUAGCGCCGGUCCAGUUGCAGGCGCAGCAGAAGAGCGUCACGUGGAGCGAGAAGCUCACGUCGGAGUCGCCGACGCACGUGCCGGCCGCCGCCGCCGCGGAAGCCAGCCAGUACGUCUCCCGCGGGCCCGCUUCCUCCUCCUCCAAGGGCGCGGUGGAGGCGAUGAAAGAUACGCUGUCCAGGUGGGGGAAGUCGAUGGGGGAGACGACCAAGAUGGUAGAGAGCCUCAGCCGCGACACGUGGCAGCACUUCAAGACAGGACCUAGUUUUACCGAAGCUGCUAUGGGCCGGCUUGCUCAAGGAACUAAAGUUUUAGCGGAAGGUGGCUAUGACAAAAUAUUUAAACAGACUUUUGAGGUUCUUCCGGACGAGCAGCUGAAAAUAUCUUACGCGUGCUAUCUAUCAACAUCUGCUGGGCCUGUCAUGGGAGUUAUGUACAUCUCUACAGCUAAAAUCGCAUUCUGCAGUGACAAUCCUCUUUCUUACAAAGCUGGCAAUAAAACUGAAUGGAGUUACUACAAGGUGGUCAUUCCUCUGCAUCAGUUAAGAAGUGCUAAUCCUUCAGUGAGCAAAGUAAAUUCUGCAGAAAAGUAUAUACAGGUUGUCUCAGUUGAAGGUCAUGAGUUCUGGUUUAUGGGUUUUCUGAUGUAUGACAAAGCCGUAGCCACUCUUCAAGAAGCUCUGGAUUGUUCUCGUGAGUUGCAACCAUAGGUAUCAGAUGGAAGUUUCAGUUGCGUCAACCUGUAAAACAUCCUCAGGGGUAUCGCAAGUUUUCCACUCAAUAUCUUCACUUCUGAGUGUCUUGAUUAAGACAGAUCCUUCCGGCAGUGCUCCUUGGAGCUUUUGAUUUGGCACCCUCGCUAGCUUGUAUACGGGUUCAGAAUGUUUGUUCUUGUUCUUUGACAUCCCUGUGUUGUAAUGAUGAUAGCAUAUAUGGGGAAAAUACUGGAGCUGUCCAUUUUUAAUGCUUCUGUCAUCGACAUUUAAAUGUGAUAGUGUUAGGUGUUUA